AUGAGAGAUUGGGCACUAGGAGAUCAAGUGGAGGUUGCCAAAGGUAGAGCCACAGAAAAUUUCAUUCUAGCAUGGCAACAAAUCCGUUCCCCGAUCAUUCUACCCUUAUUGCAAGGGGCAGUCUAUUUGUGUGCCAUCAUGUCGAUCAUGUUGUUUGUGGAACGGGUGUAUAUGGCCAUUGUGAUCCUAUGUGUGAAGGUGUUGAAGAAGAAGCGAUACACCAAAUAUAGGCUGGAGGAUACAAGGGAUGAUCUUGAAGGCAACAACAAUCACCCUACAAUCUUGGUUCAGAUACCCAUGUAUAAUGAGAAAGAGGUAUGAUGAUUUCUCUCUCAUGUUCUUCAAAUUGGGGUUUUAGUUUAUCUUUUUCACGAAUUACAAGAGAUCUUUAGCCAAGCAUUGGGUAAUAUAGGAAUAAUAUGAUGCUCAAUGACUUCCUAUAUUGUCAUCAAGAGACUUGAAUGGGACAAUGCAUGCAAAGACGACUUCCACAAGAAUUUGAAUUGCAUGCAGAUUAAAAUCUACAAACAUCAUGAAUCGAAUUAAACUUCAAACUUUCAUAACUAAUUUUCAAGUUGUUAAGAUAUGAAUCAAAACAUUGAAACCAGCUCAAAAUAGAAUGUUUGGCAUGCCAUUCAUGAUAUUCGGUGCUUUAAUGUCAAUCCCCCCCCCCCCAAUAUUUGACCUAAAAUAGAAGUCAUUUUUACCACUCAGAUGCUAAAACAACGAUUUGAAAGAAAAAUAUUCAUCAAAAAACGUCAAAUGGCUAAAGCAGGCAAUGUCUGAAAAGAAUUAUACAAAGACCAAGAGAAGAAAGCUCUAGUAUGUGCUUACCAUCAUUGCCAUGUAUGAGCAUGAACAGUUGCUCAUUUGGUAGCAGCAACCAACAUAAAUGAUUGAUCAUCGAGAAAUAGAGUGACAGUCUCCUCUAUCUGUCCAGGUUUACAGGCUAUCGAUUGGAGCCGCCUGUGGUCUCUCCUGGCCGCCGGAUAAAAUUGUUAUCCAAGUUCUUGAUGAUUCAACUGAUCCAGUCCUCAGAGUAAAGAGAAAAAAAAAUCUUAUCUGCUUCCACUUUUGUGCGAACCCUAAUUUCAAAGAACUAAGAUGGAAUAUGUCAUGUCUCCCCAUUUUCUUGUCAGGAGCUUGUCGAAUUGGAAUGCCAGAAAUGGGUCAGUAAGGGGGUCAAUGUCAGGUAUGAAACCAGGAGCAAUCGAAAUGGAUACAAGGCUGGAGCCCUCCGUGACGGCCUGAAGAAGCAUUAUGCCAAGGAUUGUGACUUCGUUGCCAUAUUUGACGCCGAUUUUCAGCCCGAAGCAGAUUUUCUCUGGAGAACAAUCCCGUUCCUCCUCAGCAAUCGAGAACUUGCCCUCGUCCAGGCCAGAUGGAGAUUUGGUGAGCGGGAGAGGGGUUACUGAUGAGGGAAGGGAGGGGGGAUACUGAUGAUGGAACUUCAUUGCCAAAGGGAGAGUAGCUGUUCAAAUCUGAAGGGGCCAUUGGUGAUUUGGUUUGGUCUUUUUCUUCAUUGUGCAGUUAAUUCAGAUGAGUGCCUGAUGACGCGCUUGCAGGAGAUGUCCCUAGAUUAUCACUUCAGUGUGGAGCAAGAAGUGGGAUCCUCUGCAUACUCUUUCUUUGGAUUCAAUGGUAGCUCUCCCACAAGGAGUAAAACUCCACGUUACUGCCGUCUUUUCCCCACCCUCUCAGCCUAAAGAGAUCCCGCUGCAAUCAAGGAUGAAGAACAUGAGUUGGGAACACAUUGGACUGACAUGAACUACGGAUCGUUUGCAGGCACUGCCGGAGUUUGGCGGAUACAGGCGCUAACCGAUGCUGGCGGGUGGAAAGACCGAACAACAGUUGAAGACAUGGACCUGGCGGUCAGAGCUAGCCUCAAAGGAUGGAAGUUCCUCUUUGUGGGGGAUUUAUCGGUAACUUCUUUCUUUCGAACGCCGGUGACGGUACCUCUCUACACAUUCCUGCAAUCUCAUAUAAACGAAGAAAAUUUCUGAAGAAUUUUCCCCCAUCAGGUUAAGAACGAGCUGCCGAGCACAUACAAGGCAUACAGAUACCAGCAGCACAGGUGGUCUUGCGGCCCUGCAAACUUGUUCCGGAAGAUGCUGAAAGAAAUAAUCUACUGCGAGGUGAUUUAUUUCUUACUCUAAUAGCUCAAACCGCAUUGAGAGCGGAAUUGAUGAAGAAAAUAUACGAAGUUACCGUUUCCGGGGUUUCUGGCGUUCUAUCCAGUUCCAGGUAAAAUCUAACAGAGAAUCUCCGCCAUUGCAGAGGGUGUCGGCGUGGAAGAAAAUCCACGUGAUCUACGCGUUCUUCUUCGUCAGGAAGAUAGUGGCUCACCUGGUGACCUUCUUCUUCUACUGCGUGGUGAUCCCGGCGUGCGUGCUGGUGCCGGACGUCCGCCUCCCCAAGUUCGUCGCCGUCUACAUCCCCUCCACCAUCACCAUCCUCAACGCCAUCUGCACACCGAGGUCGUUCCACCUCCUCAUCUUCUGGAUCCUCUUCGAGAACGUGAUGUCGCUGCACCGGAGCAAGGCCGCCAUCAUCGGCCUCCUCGAGGCCGAGCGAGCCAACGAGUGGGUCGUCACAGAGAAACUCGGCAACGCCCUCAGGCAGAAGCCCGCCUCCAAGCCCCUCAAGAAGCCCCGCUCUCGCCUUGGUGACAGGUAAGUAACCACACCUCCUCUCUACUUGGACCUACAUCACCCAGUAUCAAAUAGGCCCAGCCCAAAUAUUUUGUACCAGAAUCCGGCCCAAUCCUCUCUCUCUCUCUCUCUCUCUCUCUCUCUCUCUCUCUCUCUCUCUCUCUCUCUCUCUCUCUCUCUCUCUCUCUCUCUAUCUAUCUAUCUAUCUAUCUUCAAGUUGAUAAUUAUAAUUGUGUUUUUUUGAUAAAUAUGAUUACAUAAAAAGUCAACGCUAAUUUACGUCAGCAGGAUCCAUGUCUUAGAGCUGCUCAUGGGGCUGUUCCUCUUCUACUGCGCCGUCUACGACAUCGUCUUCGGCAGGGACCACUUCUACAUCUACUUGCUCCUCCAGUCCGGGGCCUUCUUCGUCAUGGGGUUCGGCUACAUGGGCACCUUCGUCCCCAACUGA